AUGUUUGGACAACAAGUCGCUCGUGGCGGGCGCCGAAUUGGUCAGAUGGCUCGAAGUGGCCAACAGUCGCCGCUUGCUGCGAUCAAAGGGGCCGGUCAACGACGAUGCUAUGCUGAGGCUGCACAGGCCGCGGCAGCUCCCAAGGGACGAAUCGGACGAGGUCUCGGCCUGAUCCUCUACGGCGUCGCAUUUAGUAGCAUCGGAGCAGCAGCGACAUGGUACUCGAUGGUGCAGCAGGGCUUCUCCCACUUCACAGACGCCGAGACAUCGAAGUUGUUCGUGCCCGACACCAACGAGGUCCAGCGCAUCGAAGACACAAUCAACAACCACCCGCUGGUCAAGGAGCUGCGAUCACGGCCCGAGUUCAAAGAGUCGCGGCCGCACCUCAAGAUGGCGAACGGCAUCCGCAACCAGAGCCUCACCGCCGGCGUCCUGCAGGGCAACGGCAAGAUGGUGGUCCCGCCAAUCGCAUUCAUCGAAGACGGCGGCAAGUCCAUUGUCAGCAUCACCUACAUCGGCGACCAGGUCUGCGGCCACCCGGGCCUCGUUCACGGAGGGUUCCUGGCGACGAUGCUGGACGAGGGCAUGGCGCGGGGAUGCUUUGGCGCGCUGCCGCACAACAUUGCUGUGACGGCCAACCUGGAGGUCAACUAUCGCAAGCCGACGCCGGCGAAUAGCUUCCUGGUGCUCCGCGGAACGACGACAAAGGUCGAGGGACGCAAGGCGUGGUCUGUGGGAAGCAUCGAGACGCUGCCGGAGCCGGGCGAGAAGCCGACGGUCCUGGUCGAGGCGAGGGGACUGUUCAUCUCGCCCAACAACAUCACCUGGCAUCCCUCCCUCUCCCGCCGCGAGCGCAACCAGCUGCGCUCCCAGCGCGGCCUCACAAUCUGGCUGACGGGCCUCUCCGCCUCUGGCAAGUCCACCGUCGCCACCGCCCUGGAGCAGCACCUCCUGCACCUGGGCCUCUCCGCCUACCGCCUCGACGGCGACAACGUGCGCUUCGGCCUCAACAAGGACCUGGGCUUCUCCGAGGCCGACCGCAACGAGAACAUCCGCCGCAUCGGCGAGGUCGCCAAGCUCUUUGCCGACUCGGCCACCAUCGCCAUCACCUCCUUCAUCUCGCCCUACCGCGCCGACCGCGAUCUUGCGCGCCAGCUGCACGCCCAGACCAACCAGGACGGCGACGAGCCCAUUCCCUUUAUCGAGGUCUUUGUCGACGUGCCCCUCGAAGUGGCUGAGCAGCGCGACCCCAAGGGUCUCUACAAGAAGGCCCGUGCUGGCGAGAUCAAGGAGUUCACUGGCAUCUCUGCACCAUAUGAAGAGCCCUUGAGCGCCGAGAUCACAAUCAAGACUCACGAGAAUACCGUCGAGGAAUGCGUUGCGCAGAUCACAAAUUGGCUCAGCGAAAAGGGCUACAUCAAGAGCGUAGAGGUCAAGAACUAG